CAGGGCCGGGGCCGGGGCUGGGGCCGGGGCCGGGACGGUGCUGGGUCAAGGGCCUGUGUCGGUGCCGGCUCGGGGAGUUGUGCCGGUGCCGGUGCCGGGCCGGUGCCGGGUCAAGGGCCGGCCUCCGUGUCGUUGCCGGUUUGGGGACUGGUGCCGGUGCCGUAACGGUAGCGCCGGACGAUGCUGUUCUCCCUGCGCGAGCUCGUGCAGUGGCUCGGCUUCGCCACCUUCGAGAUCUUCCUGCACGGGCUGGCCCUGCUCGCCUUCUCCGUGCUGCUCGUGCUCAAGGUGGAUGGCGCGGCCGCCGCGCUCUCCUGGUGGAUCGUGUUCGUGCCCUUCUUCGCCGCCGACGGGCUCAGCACCUACUUCACCACCAUCGUGUCCGUGCGGCUGUUCCAGGACGGCGAGAAGCGCCUGGCGGUGCUGCGGCUCUUCUGGAUCCUCACCAUCCUCAGCCUCAAGUUCGUGUUCGAGAUGCUGCUGUGCCAGAAGCUGGUGGAGCACACGCGGGAGCUCUGGUACGGGCUCAUCAUGUCGCCCGUGUUCAUCCUGCUGCAGCUGCUCAUGAUCCGGGCCUGCCGCGUGAACUGAGCCCCGGCCCGGGGGGACUCCCGGGGCCGCUCCGUCGCUGUCCCCGUGCGGAGGGGCAGGUGACAGGCGGGACAGGGCCAUGUCCCGCUCGCGGCCGUGCUGCAGAGCAUCACGUUUAUCCACAAGCCGCACAUCCCUGUUUGUGCCCCCUCAGCUCCUGCCUUGUCCUGUCCUGCGAGCGUGGCUGGGCGUGACAGUUAUUUUAUUUUAGAAUAAAAAUGCCUUGAAGGA